AUGGAUGACUCCAAGUUGAAUGAUGCUUCAGUUCAGACCGCGAUAGCGGAGGAUAAGUAUCACAGAGGCCAUGCAAAUGCAGCACAAGCGUACUAUAGCACGCGGCGAGGUCCUCAGCUAUCCGAACAGACGAGAGUCAGGAGAAUUUUCAGCUUUGCACAAAUCUUCUUUUUUGCGCUGACUUAUAUGUCUAGCUGGGAAGUUAUGUGCUCUAAUGUUGUUUACGUGCUCUACAACGGCGGACCCCAGACUCUGGCAUGGGGUAUCAUCAUCAUUGCUGCCGGCGCACUUGCGCAAUCUGCUUCUCUCGCCGAAAUGGCCUCGAUUCAACCCAUCGCCGGUGCACAAUACCAUUGGACUGCCUUCCUCGCGCCCCAAAAGCAGAGACGCUUCAUCACUUGGUUACAAGGCUGGACGACUUGGUUUUCUUGGAUUUCUCUUCUUUGUGGUGUUGCCAACGUCACGGCAUAUAUCCUCCAGGGAAUUGUGGUUAACAACUAUCCUACCUACACUCCCGAGCGCUGGCAUUUAACCCUGUAUAUCUUCGCUAUGUUGAUCAUUGAGGGUCUGAUGAAUAUGUACACCUUUUGGUUGAUUCCGUGGAUUGAACUGGUGGCCGGUAUAUUACACAUUAUCCUGUUCAUUAUAUUUACGGUGGUUCUCGUCACGAUGGCACCGAGACACAAUGCGCAUUUCGUCUUCCUCGAGAGCGGAACCGCCUCGGGCUGGUCAAAUAGCUAUGUCGCAUGGAAUCUUGGUCUCCUCACACCUACAUGGGGUUUCGUCGGCUUCGACGGUGCAGUCCAUAUGAGUGAAGAAGUUAGAAAGGCACGACAUGCCGUCCCAAGAGCAAUGUUCUGGACUAUUGCCAUUAACGCGGUACUCGCAUAUGCCAUGUGCAUCAUCAUUCUCUUUACCAUGGGCGACUUGGAUGACUUGCUGAGCGCCUCCUACCCUAUCAUGACGAUCUUGAUCAAUGCCACCGGAUCCCUAAGCGCCGCCACCGCUAUGUGCUGUGGCUUGCUGAUCAUUUCGCUAUCUGUCAACCUGGCCAGUAUUGCAUCGGUCUCUCGACUAACAUGGGCCUGGUCUCGUGAUGGUGCUCUGCCAUCAUAUUUCUCCUAUAUCAACCCCAAAUACCGAGUCCCGUUGCGAGCUCUAUGGCUGCCUACAUUCAUGACCAUGCUUCUAGCUCUGCUCAAUAUCGUCAGUACCGCCGCAUUCGGUGCUUUCAUUGCUCUCAGCUCUAUGGCUCUGUUCACAUCCUACAUCAUUGCGAUAUCAUGUCUCCUUUAUGCUCGACUCAAGGGCACAGUGGCAAUGGGAGGAUGGAACCUUGGUCGCUGGGGUGUCCCUGUCAACAUUUUUGCAAUCAUUUACUCGGCCUACAUCUUCGUCUUCCUGCCGUUCCCCAAUUAUCUGCCGGUCACGGCCCAGAACAUGAAUUAUGCGCUCCCGAUUUGGGCGUUUACGGUUUUAUUUGCGUUGAUUUCUUGGUUUGCUUGGGGAAAGAAGAAGUGGCCAGGAUUGAAUGAAGAAGUGGUCAGCAUUGUUCUGAUGGACAGCGACAAGGCUACGAAGGAUUAG